CAACUCCUCCCCUUUUUGAAUAUGUAACCCGUCCAAUGAGAGCGAGGCAACACACACUGGGUUAUUCUCCAGCUCCGGUCAGCAGCAUCGCCGGUGCUGCCUUCUGUCGCCUCCACACGGAUAUUCCGUUCGGCUCUGUCGGGUCUCUGUCGCGGACGGCAACUAUGGCUGAUGCGGGAGAAGCCGGAGAAGAUGAAAUACAGUUCUUACGAACCGAUGAUGAGGUCGUCCUGCAGUGUUCUGCCACAGUCCACAAGGAGCAGCAGAAGUUGUGUCUGGCAGCGGAGGGCUUCGGAAACAGGCUCUGCUUCCUCGAGUCAACAUCCAACUCUAAGAAUGUCCCUCCAGACCUGUCCAUCUGUACGUUUGUCCUGGAACAGUCCCUCUCAGUACGGGCCCUGCAGGAGAUGCUGGCCAACACAGAGGAGAAGGCAGAAGGGAAAUUCAUGAUGAAGACGGCCCAGGGAGGGGGCCACCGCACCUUACUGUACGGACACGCUGUUCUGCUACGACACUCCUACAGCGGCAUGUACCUCUGUUGCCUAGGUACCUCCCGAUCGUCAACCGACAAACUGGCGUUUGAUGUUGGACUGCAGGAAGACACAACAGGAGAAGCCUGUUGGUGGACUAUCCACCCUGCCUCCAAGCAGAGGUCAGAGGGAGAGAAAGUCCGAGUCGGGGAUGACCUCAUCCUAGUUAGCGUGUCAUCAGAACGAUACCUGGUGAGUCUCUGAUGCCCUUUUCACACUUUCAUACUGACACCAACCAAACGGUGUUGCCUUGGAGAUUUCAUUUUUGUUUUGUACUUUUAGCAACUAUGGCAGAUCAUGCUAGCUCAGUUCACCUUGGUUUGUCUCAGUUCAAUCCGGCUAGUGUGAAAAGCCCUUGACUUGGUUUCCAGUUCAGUGAACCAAUAAUCAGAGGUAACAUGGAUCAGGUGUGACCUUUAUUGAAUAUUGAAUAUUUGUCAUCUGGAUUAGAUUAGAAUUAGAUUCUCCUUGUCAGUUCCAUUUGGAACCAGAACUCAACAACCCCAAAACAGGAGCAAAAAUCAACUGUCUGGUACACAGGUCCAGUCCAACAGUACAUUUCUCUAAAUGUAAUACACAGGUCCAGUCCAACAGUACAUUUCUCUAAAUGUAAUACACAGGUCCACUCCAACAGUACAUUUCUCUAAAUGUAAUACACAGGUCCACUCCAACAGUACAUUUCUCUAAAUGUAAUACACAGGUCCAGUCCAACAGUACAUUUCUCUAAAUGUAAUACACAGGUCCAGUCCAACAGUACAUUUCUCUAAAUGUAAUACACA